UUCCCUUCAUCACAAACCCUGCUUCAGUGAUUACCCUACUCUAUUGCUUCUACUUUCCUCAACUUUCAUACAUUAAAAAAAGGGUUUUUCUUCCAAAGGUUUAAGCUUGGUUUCUCAAGCGGCCAUCAUUUAUUCCCUCACCAACCCACCAUCCAGAUCCAGAUCAAAUGGCAUCUAUGGCUAUGUUGCGUUUUUCUCCACUCUCAGGUGAACACCAUGCACUUUCUUUCCCAUCAUCGCCAUCACCACCACCUAAGCUUCAGAAUCGUCCUUUGUACCUCUCCAAUUUCACCCAUUUGCCUCAAAGGUUGAAACUUUCCGUCGCCGGGGGCGACGGCGGAGAUGGGGUCGGACGGGGCGGUGGUGGCGGUGGCGGUGGCGGUGGCGGAGGUGAAAGUUGGGGAGAGGGUGAAAAUUCCAAAGAUUCCUCUUUUGGGGUUUUGGGUCUGUUUCUGAAUGGGUGGAGAUCAAGGGUUGCUGCUGAUCCACAGUUUCCUUUCAAGGUUUUGAUGGAGGAGUUGGUGGGUGUGAGUGCUUGUGUCUUAGGUGACAUGGCUUCGAGGCCUAAUUUUGGGUUGAAUGAACUUGACUUUGUCUUUUCAACUUUGGUAGUUGGGGCAAUUCUGAAUUUCACUCUCAUGUAUCUGUUGGCACCUACCAUGACAUCAUCAGCAUCCAACCUACCAGCCCUCUUUGCCUCAUGCCCCAAGAGUCACAUGUUUGAGCCUGGUGCCUAUUCCCUUCUUGAUAGGCUAGGAACCCUAGUGUACAAAGGCACCAUUUUUUCUGUUGUUGGUUUUGGUGCAGGGCUAGUUGGAACCACACUCUCAAAUGGUUUGAUCAUGAUGAGGAAGAAGAUGGAUCCCACCUUUGAGACCCCCAACAAGCCCCCACCCACCAUUUUGAAUGCCCUCACUUGGGCUGGCCACAUGGGGGUUAGCAGCAAUUUGAGGUACCAAACACUGAAUGGUGUUGAGUUCAUGUUGGAGAGGGUGCUCAACCCCUUGGCUUUCAAGUCCUCAGUGUUGGUGCUGAGGUGUGUCAACAAUGUUCUUGGGGGCAUGUCCUUUGUGGUGUUGGCAAGGUUAACUGGUGCUCAGAGUGUUGGGGGGGAGCAGAAGGAGCAUGAGGUUGCUUUGAUUGCAGAGAAGAAGGUGGAAUCAGAGAGGGAAGAGGGGUUGCUGAAUGAUAAUAACAACAAUAAUAAUCAAUGAACAACACCAUCAAACUGAUGCGUAUGGCAUCACACACUUUGGCUUGUUUCAUAGCGGUUUGUCUUUUACUGUGGCCAAGGUCGGUUGGAGAAGGUAAGGUUUUUUGUUUUGUGAAAUUGUGUGUAGGGUUUACUUACUAAGGUUAUGUGAUGUGAUGCACCAAAUAAGUGAAGAGGGUGAUUAAGGUUUGAGACCAAGAUUAUGGCAUUUGCUGCUUGUAUGUUGCUGAAACCUGCCUACCUGAAACAACAAUAACAUGCCAAAUUAGUCUGGCCAUGUAUUGGACCCCCCUCCCUCCCUUUUGAAAACAAAAAAUAUGUAGGCCAUGUAGAUUUUUUAUUUCAGCUCAAAUAGUACCCUUUUGUUGUCUUUUUAUAGAGACCAUCCUUGUAAAACUUUUAACAAUUCUAGUUUGAGGCAUUGGCUAAAUAAUGAUAUUGAAUUGUGUUGCAUUAA